GCUGUAAGGCGUACCACGCACAAACAUGGUUGCCAGGCGCCGGAAGUAGCCGGUUAUUUUGCUGGAUUCCGUUCUUCCGCGGGGCGGAAAAGGCAUGUCGGCUUGUGUCCCGACCGUUUCCAGUCCUCUCCCUUUGCAGGACCCCAUGAGCAAGCUGUGGCGGCGCGGGAGCACAUCUGGGGCUAUGGAGGCCCCCGAGCCAGGGGAAACGCUGGAGCUGAGCCUGGCAGGUGCCCACGGCCACGGAGUACACAAGAAAAAACACAAGAAACAUAAAAAGAAACACAAGAAAAAGCAUCAUCAGGAAGAGGAGGCCGGACCGACGCUGCAGGCUCCUGCCAAGCCCCAACUUAAACUUAAAAUCAAGCUGGGUGGACAGGUCCUGGGCACCAAGAGUGUCCCCACUUUCACUGUGAUUCCCGAGGGGCCUCGCUCACCGUCUCCCCUGAUGGUGGUGGAUAAUGAAGAGGAACCGAUGGAAGGCGUACCUCUGGAGCAGUACCGCGCCUGGCUGGAUGAAGACAGUAAUCUGUCCCCCUCCCCACUUCGGGACCUGCCAGGGGAUCUGGAGGGCCAGGAGGAAGAGGAGGAACAGAGAUGGUUAGACGCCCUGGAGAAGGGAGAGCUGGAUGACAACGGAGACCUCAAGAAGGAGAUCAAUGAGCGGCUGCUUACAGCAAGACAGCGAGCCCUGCUCCAGAAGGCGCGGAGCCAGCCGUCCCCGACUUUGCCUCUGCCAGUGGCUGGGGGCUGCCCUGCCCCUGCCCUCACGGAAGAGAUGCUGCUGAAGCGUGAGGAGCGUGCACGGAAGCGACGGCUGCAGGCGGCGAGGCGGGCCGAGGAGCACAAAAAUCAGACAAUUGAGCGCCUCACCAAGACGGCGGCUCCUAGCGGGCGUGGAGGGCGCGGGGCGGCGCGGGGCGAGCGGCGCGGAGGACGGGCUGCUGCCCCGGCCCCUGCACCCAUGGUGCGCUACUGCAGUGGAGCACAGGGCUCCACCUUGUCUUUUCCUCCCGGCGUUCCCACACCCACGGCGGUGGCACAGCGGCCUGCCCCAUCGGGCCCCGCUCCACGAUGCUCUGUCCCCGGCUGCCCCCACCCGCGUCGUUAUGCCUGCUCCCGCACCGGCCAGGCCCUUUGCAGUCUACAGUGCUACCGCAUCAACCUGCAGCUACGGCUGGGAGGGCCCGAGGGCCCGGGGUCCCCACUCCUGGCCACCUAAGACCUCUCCCAUGCCACAUUCCCGCUGUCUCCCCAACCCUAUUAAAUUUGGUGCAGUGCCUCGGCUCGUAUCGAAUUGCUGGAGUGGGAAGCCGGCGGAGUCUGAACCUGAGCGUGUAAAGUCAUUCAGCCAAUCGGCGAAAAUAUUUGUGCUGAACGGCCGUUCAUUGGCCGAUAAGUCAAAGCUUGUUCU